UCUAGCUCAACAGCGCCUCCAGCUCUAGCUCUAGCUCCCUCGAAGCCUCCUUCGCGUGCAAGAAGCAGCUCUCUCUCUCUCUCUCUCUCUCUCUCUCUCUCUCUCUCUCUCUCUCUCUCUCUCGCAGCCUCCUACGCCCGCAAGAAGCACCCACAGUGCGCACACAUCCCUCGAUCACCUCGAUCACCACACACACAGCCAGUUCCAUCCAACACCUCGGGUAGACGAUGGCCAUGGCGCAAGGACAAGGGUCGCGGGCCACGAGGGAGGCCGUGCCUCCGGUGUCUCGUGUGGCCAUCAUCGGUGGUGGGAUCAGCGGCCUGGCCGCGGCCAAGCAGAUGGCGGCCUACGACCCCGUCGUGUUCGAGGCGACGCCGUCCGUCGGCGGAGUGUGGAAGCACUGCGUCUACCGCACCACGCGGCUGCAGACGCCCCGCCCGGACUACGAGUUCUCCGACUACUCCUGGAAGAACCGCGACGACCCUUCGUUCCCGACCCACACCGAGAUCGUCGACUACCUCGAGGGCUACGCCGACGAGUUCGACCUCUGGCGCUACAUCUCGUUUGGGUCCAAGGUGGUGGACAUCAAGUUCCUCGGCGGCGCCCAAGCCGGGUUCACCGAGCUGUGGAGCGGCACCGGCAAGGAUCCGCUCCGUGGCAAGCCCAUGUGGGAGGUCGGCAUCGUCACCGGCGACUCGAACACCGUUCAGUAUUACAAGUUCGAGUUCGUGGUGAUGUGCACGGGGAAGUACGGCGACGUGCCGCGGAUGCCGGUGUUCCCGCCGGGGAAGGGGCCGGAGGUGUUCAAGGGGACGGUGAUGCACUCGCUGGACUACUGCAAGCUGAGCGAGGAGGAGACCGUUGAGCUGAUGCGAGGCAAGAAGGUUGUGGUGGUUGGGUACAAGAAGAGCGCUAUCGAUCUAGCCAACGAAUGUGCUCAGGCAAACCAAGGCGAGGGAGGGCAGGCGUGCACGAUGCUGGUACGGACCUUGCACUGGGUGGUGCCAUCGUACUCCAUCUGGGGCUUGCCAUUCUCCAUGUUCUACUCCACACGCUUGUCUCAGCUCUUCUACGAGCGACCCAACCAAGGGUUCUUCCGAUCCCUCGUCUGCCGCCUGAUGAGCCCACUGCGGUCAGGGGUGUCGAAGUUCAUCGAGUCGUACCUGUCGUGGAAGCUGCCGCUGGGAAAGUACGGUCUGACGCCGGACCACCCCUUCGUAGAGGACUACGCCAGCUGCCAGAUGGCCAUCCUCCCGGAGGGCUUCUUCGACAUGGCGGACCGCGGCCUCAUCCGCUUCAAGAGGGCCUCCACCGGGUGGUGCUUCUCGGAGAACGGCGUGGUCCUCGACGACGGCACCAAGGUGGAGGCCGACCUCGUCUUCCUCGCCACCGGCUUCGAGGGCAAGGAGAAGCUCCGCGAGGUCCUGCCAAAGCCCUUCCGCGACCUCGUCGUCGGCAAGUCUUCCAUGAUGCCGCUCUACCGUGGCACGAUCCACCCGCUGAUCCCGAACAUGGCUUUCGUGGGGUUCGUGGAGAGCGUGUCGAACCUGCACACGUCGGAGCUGCGGUGCCGGUGGCUGUCGGGGCUGCUGGAGGGGCGGUUCAAGCUGCCGAGCGUGAAGGCCAUGAUGGGGCACAUCGCCGGCGAGGCCGACGCCAUGCGCCGCACCACGCGGUUCUACCGCCGCCACUGCAUCUCCACCUACAGCAUCCACGACAGCGACGGCAUGUGCGCCGACCUGGGCUCCGCCACGCUCCGCAAGGCCAACUGGAUCGCCGAGCUCUUCGCGCCAUACAACAACAAGGACUACAAGGAGCAGUAACUCAUACGUACGCGUAGUACAACGUCCGCAUCAAUACACGCGGCGGCCGGUAUAAUACAUUAUUUUAGUAAAAAGAACAUACAUAUAUACUCCUACGUGAUUCCAUUGGUAGCUAAUAGUAAUAUCAAUCGCUAACAAGAAUAUAUGUAUACACGUACCUAAUAAGAUUCGUCAUUCCUGUACUGGUAGUAGUACUACAGUGUGUAAGUCCUUGGGGAUCGAUGAUGACUAACAGUCAAGGACUAGGUCAUGCAUGAUAAUUAUAUAGUAUCAAGUGUCAUGUGAACCGAAGAAGCGUUCGGUUAAGGACUCGCGACCUCGAUCGAGGAGGUCUCGUCUCGCCCGCGACCCACAAGAUCGAUGGAUUGAUCUCAGGGAAUAUUCCAACUGUCGAGGAGCAUGUAGACUGUAGUCUGUCCUUGUGUGAUUACUUAUACUACUGUAGAAUCUGAUUCAUCAUGUACGCCCCCCUGUAGUUCAUUUUUUCCUUGUCGAUAUAACUAUUGGA